AUGAAUCCAAUUAGACGAUCGGUUCAAGAAUACGGUAAUCCAUACGGUCAUCAUCAUCAUCAAUCGAGUAGCUAUAAGAAAAUUACCAGCAACCUAAGUCUUGGUAAUAAUCGUCAUGGUAUUGCAAGUAGCAGCAAAAAUGGUAGUAGCAGCGGUAGUAAUAUUGGUACCAGUAGUUAUAACCAUUCAAGUCAUUUACCUCUAGUGACAAGCUAUCAAUCCAAUCAUCCUUACUUUCUUGGUCAUUUACCUCCAUUUCAAGAUUAUUUACAACGUGUUUGGAUGAAUCGACCUGGUCGACGAUGUUCUUCUGCUAUUUCUCGAUCAUUACAUAAUAAAAUUGUCGAUUAUUUACAACAUAAUACCAGUACCACACCAAAAUUCAAAUAUUGGGUCAAGAGUAAACGAUUUACACUCAUCAAUAGCUAUUUAGCAGUCCCUGCAGGGACAGGAAGAAAAAGAUCCAAAUCUACAAAUAAGUUAUUUCAGCUAAAAUCAUCAUCGACUAGUAGUUCAACUCAACGCUCAGAAACAGCGAUUCGAGGUUAUCGUCGUGUUGCUGUCAUCGAAGACUAUGAAGAAAUUAUCCAACGCUAUCACUGUAUUGAACAUGAACAUGCUGGAAUUCGACGGACUUAUGAAAUGAUAUGCCAAGAUUAUUCUUAUUUUCCUCGAGCAGUGGUAGCUAAAUAUUUGGAAUUUUGUCCAAUUUGUUCGCAUCGCAAACAACAUGAAAGUACAACAACAUCAAGUAUUACAACAAUAUCAACAUCGAUACCUGCAAUAUCCAAUCCAUCAACAUCCAUAGCGGUUAUAUCCGUGGCUACUGAAGCUAUUAACAAUGCGGGGAAAAUGGAUAAGAUUGUAAGUAGUGGCAAUAUUAUGGCUGCAACUACAAUAUCUAGCCAAUAUAACUUGCGUCUAGAUAGUUUUAUGGCCACUGGUAAUAUACUUUUUAUUGAUAUGACCCAUCGACCUGAUGAAUUUCAUACUUGGAUCGGGUGUUAUUUUGAUUCAUGGAGUAAUUAUUGCAUACUCUUCCCUCUAAGAAAUCGUAGUCCACAAGAAGUUAGCCGUAAGUUAAGUAGCCAUAUCUUUGCUAUCUUUGGAUUACCUAAAUUAUUGAGAUGUCAGCUUGAUGGGGAUUAUAUCCAAGAAUUAGUAGAUCAACUUCAUCAACUAUGGACUAUACGAAAAAUGAAUAUACAUAUUGAUCAGGUUAGAUUAAAUCAUCAUCCAAUCAUUCACUAUAUUCAACAUCUGCUAACGAUAGCAUCAGUUGAUAAGUGGGUUCCCAAUUUACCCCAAAUUCAAUAUAAAUUAAAUAAUACAAGUGCCAAUACCGGAUGGACUCCACAACAAAUUGUCUUUAAUAUAUUACCAACAUGGAUAGCAAGUAAAAGCUAA